AUGGAUUACCAAUUGCUUAUCACCCCUAAAGCUUUCUUCAAGCCUCGCAAGAUUGCAAUCCAAGAUCAGAUCUUCAAAGAAAACUUCUUCGAUUCAGAAAACAACGGAAAUCGGAUGGUGACUACGCGUAAAAACAAGGAAUGGACGUUCAAAAUUAGUGAAAACCAGUCGUAUACCUUUUAUCAGAAGAUCACCGCUCGAAGUGGCUAUAUCGUGUGCGAUAGCAAUGGGCAGGCUGUUGCAAAAAUAAACACAAAGAAAAAACCGCUCUCGAGUAUCGACUAUUACCAAAUUGAAAUCGACCAAAGACACCCCAUUAUGAAUAUCUUGACUGUUGUCGGACUAUUACUAACGAUCAAGGAAGAAAAUGAACUACAACGAGCGGCUGGCGGAAUCAAAACUUUCACACUUGGUGGUGGAAUUAACUCUUUCAAUGUCGGACAACUUUGA